AAUCCGAGCACGACGUUGCCUUCAACCAACGCCAAGCCUCGGCUCCGCGAUGGUCAUCGGCAACUGCAUCGUCUGCUUCUAGUUCGCACGUCUUCGUCAACGACUCUUCCUCAAUCCCUCCAUCCGCGGUCGCUUCUCCUUAUGGCCGUUUCUCUCCUUUUCCGAGCCACCUGGCUCCUGGCUUCUCAGAUCGUCCUGGUUUGUCUGGAAAUUUGACCAACUCACGCACAGACUCUGGUCAAGAUACAGGUCACCAACGGUCUCUGUCAUCUGGAAGCUUCUCAUGGCAGUUUCCUCUCGCUCCUCCUCCGCGUCCGCCGCCGUUUUCGCCUCCAAUGUACGGAUAUCCGCAACCCGAGACUCCGCGUAUGACCAGAUCGCGAGAAGAUGCAGCCGUUUUCACAAAUAGCAGAUUUCGCACGGCUGAUUCUCCUGCAAUGUCGCCGGCGAGAACUGGUAGCUCGUCAUCUAAUGUAUCUGCACCACCGGUUUCAUCCUCUGGAAAUUCCGUGUCAACAUUGGAACGGAUUGAGACGGUGAAAGAAACGCCUAGUGAAAAACCGCCGCUGAAACUUCCCUGGAUGACCCCGGUUCUGGUGGCAUGCCUCAUCGUCGUGUUCCUGGUCACUAUGGGGUUGAACAACUGUCCCCGGCAUGCUCACCCUGAUGACCAGACCUGCGUCUGGAGGUUUCUGCAUCGAUUCUCCUUCGAGCCGCUGAAAAGAAAUCCCCUCUUGGGGCCGUCUGCACGCACGUGAGUGGAUGGGACUGUAAGGUAUCACAUUGAAAAGUCCCACCCCAUAUUUAAGUUUCAUUGUGCAUGUGUGCAUAGCAAUGAUUUGUAGCACCUGAGCAGCUUCCUCAAUAUGGGAGCCCUAAAUGGGGAUUUGGUGCGGAAUCAUCGCCAGGGAUGGAGGCUUCUAACAACCAUGUGGCUGCAUGCUGGCACGGUGCAUGUCAUCUGUAACCUCAUCUCUCUCACAGUUGUCUUCAUCAGGCUGGAGCAGGAAUUUGGACCCUGGCGUCCCUUGGUGAUUUUCUAUUUUUCGGGAGUUGCCAGCACUGUAUUUGCAGCCAUGUUUCUAGGAGACAGUAUAUCUGCUGGAGUAUCAGGCCCACUGUUUGGUCUUAUCGGAGCUACCUUUUCAGAAAUCAUUUCCAAUUUUGGCUUCUAUCAUAACCACUUGCAAGCAGUAGGAGUCCUGUUGCUCCUGGGACUUGUUAAUCUGGCCAUUGGACUCAUGCCUUUCAUUGACAUCUUCACCUGCAUCGGCGGAUUCCUCUCAGGCAUUCUCCUCGGAUUUGCUCUGUUGGUCCAGCCUAAACCCAGCUUUGUCGGCCUGCAGAGAGCAACGCCUGCUGCCAUAGAUACGUUGAUGAGGGAGGGGCGAGGCAUUCCUGUGGCAAUGAAGUACACAGCAUGGCAGCAAAGAAUCCGAAUGGCUGCUGCUGCUGCAUUUCUUGCCCUGCUCUCGUCAGCGUUCAUAGUUCUUUUUGUGAUAAACGACACGGCCAGCAGAUGCUUAUGGUGCCACUACAUGGCAUGCAUUCCAACAUCCUUCUGGACGUGUGAUGUCCCAACUGUUGCCACAUCUGCCACUCCAGUCUGCCAGGUUAACAUUGUCUGCACUGGAUUCCACAAAGAUCUGCUUCUGAUUCGUUGAUGUUUUCCGUGCAGGUGAAGACUUUCUUAAACCACACAGGGCUGAUGACGUGCACCAACAGCACUAGUGUUGCCUUCUCCACUCUAUCCAUUGGCUCUAACAAUGACUUGCGUUUGUUGUGCACCCAAAUGUGCGCCCCGUGAAUGUAUCACUCUCCUGCAUCGUGUGAUAGUCCUCUUCAUUACGUGAGUGUCUGGGUUUCAAUUUCUUCUGGAUGUGACCACCCUCUGGCAGAUGGUGAUUUCUGGAGAAGUUGCUUGUGACUGAUCUGGGUAACUGAAAACAGCAUGAC